UGAUCUCAGUGAAAAUCAAAUUCAAGCAAUUCCAAGGAAGGCUUUCCGUGGGGCAGUUGACAUUAAAAAUCUGCAACUGGAUUACAACCAGAUCAGCUGCAUCGAAGAUGGGGCCUUUAGAGCGCUGAGAGACCUAGAAGUACUCACUCUCAACAAUAACAAUAUUACUAGACUUUCAGUGGCAAGUUUCAACCAUAUGCCUAAACUUAGGACAUUUCGACUCCAUUCAAACAACCUGUACUGCGACUGCCACCUGGCCUGGCUCUCGGAUUGGCUUCGCCAACGGCCUCGGGUGGGCUUGUACACUCAGUGUAUGGGCCCAUCCCACCUGAGAGGACACAAUGUAGCAGAGGUUCAAAAACGAGAAUUCGUCUGCAGUGGUCAUCAGUCAUUCAUGGCUCCCUCCUGCAGUGUUCUGCACUGCCCUGCUGCCUGUACCUGUAGCAACAAUAUUGUGGACUGCCGAGGAAAAGGCCUUACUGAGAUUCCCACAAAUCUUCCUGAGACCAUCACGGAAAUACGUUUGGAACAGAACUCCAUCAGGGCCAUCCCUCCUGGAGCUUUCUCGCCAUAUAAAAAGCUCAGAAGAAUAGACCUGAGCAAUAAUCAGAUCUCGGAGCUUGCCCCAGAUGCCUUCCAGGGACUGCGCUCUCUGAAUUCACUUGUCCUGUAUGGAAAUAAAAUCACAGAACUCCCAAAAAGUUUAUUCGAAGGACUAUUUUCCUUACAACUACUAUUAUUGAAUGCCAACAAGAUAAACUGCCUUCGGGUAGAUGCUUUUCAGGACCUGCACAACUUGAACCUUCUCUCGUUAUAUGACAACAAACUUCAGACUGUUGCCAAGGGCACCUUCUCAGCUCUCAGAGCCAUCCAAACUAUGCAUUUGGCCCAGAACCCUUUCAUUUGUGACUGCCAUCUCAAGUGGCUAGCGGAUUAUCUCCACACCAACCCAAUUGAGACCAGCGGUGCCCGUUGCACCAGCCCCCGCCGCCUGGCUAACAAAAGAAUUGGACAGAUCAAAAGCAAGAAAUUUCGUUGUUCAGCUAAAGAACAGUAUUUCAUUCCAGGCACAGAAGAUUAUCGAUCAAAAUUAAGUGGAGACUGCUUUGCAGACUUGGCUUGCCCUGAGAAGUGUCGCUGUGAGGGGACCACAGUAGAUUGCUCCAAUCAAAAACUCAACAAAAUCCCAGACCAUAUUCCCCAGUACACAGCAGAACUGCGACUCAAUAAUAAUGAAUUUACAGUGUUAGAAGCUACAGGGAUAUUUAAGAAACUUCCUCAGUUACGUAAAAUCAACUUUAGCAACAAUAAGAUCACCGAUAUCGAGGAGGGAGCAUUUGAAGGUGCAUCUGGUGUGAAUGAAAUUCUUCUCACCAGUAACCGUUUGGAAAAUGUUCAACAUAAGAUGUUCAAAGGAUUGGAAAGCCUCAAAACAUUGAUGCUGAGAAGUAAUCGAAUAAGCUGUGUUGGGAACGAGAGUUUCAUAGGACUCGGCUCUGUGCGUCUGCUUUCUUUAUAUGACAAUCAAAUUACUACAGUUGCACCAGGGGCAUUUGAUACUCUCCAUUCCUUAUCUACACUAAACCUCUUGGCCAAUCCGUUCAACUGUAACUGUCAUCUGGCCUGGCUGGGAGAAUGGCUGAGAAAAAAAAGGAUUGUAACAGGAAACCCACGAUGCCAAAAGCCCUACUUCCUCAAGGAAAUCCCAAUCCAAGAUGUAGCCAUUCAGGACUUCACCUGUGAUGAUGGAAAUGAUGACAAUAGCUGCUCUCCACUCUCUCGCUGUCCUUCGGAAUGUACUUGCUUGGAUACAGUAGUCCGAUGUAGCAACAAGGGCUUGAAGUUCUUGCCUAAAGGUAUCCCACGAGAUGUCACAGAACUGUAUCUGGAUGGGAAUCAGUUUACACUGGUCCCCAAGGAGCUCUCCAACUACAAACAUUUAACACUUAUAGACUUAAGUAACAACCGAAUAAGCACCCUUUCCAAUCAAAGCUUCAGCAACAUGACACAGCUUCUGACCUUAAUUCUCAGUUACAACCGUCUGAGAUGUAUUCCUUCACGAACCUUCGAUGGAUUGAAGUCUCUUCGGUUACUGUCUCUACAUGGAAAUGAUGUUUCCGUUGUGCCAGAAGGUGCCUUCAAUGACCUCUCAGCCUUAUCACACUUAGCGAUUGGAGCCAACCCUCUUUACUGUGAUUGUAACAUGCAGUGGUUAUCCGACUGGGUGAAGUCGGAAUAUAAGGAACCUGGAAUUGCUCGCUGUGCUGGUCCUGGAGAAAUGGCAGAUAAAUUGUUACUCACAACUCCCUCCAAAAAAUUUACAUGUCAAGGUCCCGUGGAUGUUACUAUUCAAGCCAAGUGUAACCCCUGUUUAUCCAAUCCAUGUAAAAAUGAUGGCACCUGUAACAAUGACCCAGUUGAUUUUUAUCGAUGCACCUGCCCAUACGGUUUCAAGGGGCAGGACUGUGAUAUUCCGAUCCACGCCUGUAUCAGUAACCCCUGUAAACAUGGAGGAACGUGCCAUUUAAAAGAAGGAGAGAAUGAUGGAUUCUGGUGUGCUUGUGCUGAUGGCUUUGAAGGAGAAAACUGUGAAGUCAAUAUUGAUGAUUGUGAAGAUAAUGACUGUGAAAAUAAUUCUACAUGUGUUGAUGGAGUUAACAACUACACAUGCCUUUGCCCACAAGAGUACACAGCUGCUAAUCUGAAUGAGGUGGAAAAAGGCGAACUGUGUGAGGAAAAACUGGACUUCUGUGCCCAGGACCUGAACCCCUGCCAGCAUGACUCCAAGUGCAUUCUGACACCAAAAGGAUUCAAGUGUGACUGCACUCCAGGGUACAUUGGUGAGCACUGCGACAUUGACUUUGAUGACUGCCAGGAUAACAAGUGUAAAAAUGGUGCUCACUGCACGGACGCAGUAAACGGUUACACGUGCGUCUGUCCUGAAGGCUACAGUGGCUUGUUCUGUGAGUUUUCUCCACCCAUGGUCCUCCCUCGCACCAGCCCCUGUGAUAAUUUUGAUUGUCAGAACGGAGCUCAGUGCAUCAUCAGGAUCAAUGAGCCAAUAUGCCAGUGCUUGCCUGGCUACCUGGGGGAGAAGUGUGAAAAAUUGGUCAGUGUGAAUUUUGUAAACAAAGAGUCCUAUCUCCAGAUUCCUUCCGCCAAGGUCCGGCCUCAGACGAACAUUACACUUCAGAUUGCCACAGAUGAAGACAGCGGCAUCCUCCUGUAUAAAGGUGACAAAGACCACAUUGCUGUGGAACUCUAUCGAGGGCGAGUUCGAGCCAGCUAUGACACCGGCUCUCACCCGGCUUCGGCCAUUUACAGUGUGGAGACAAUCAAUGAUGGAAACUUCCACAUUGUGGAGCUACUGACCCUGGAUUCGAGUCUUUCCCUCUCCGUGGAUGGAGGAAGCCCUAAAGUCAUCACCAACUUGUCAAAACAAUCUACUCUGAAUUUUGACUCCCCACUUUACGUAGGAGGCAUGCCUGGGAAGAACAACGUGGCAGCACUGCGCCAGGCCCCGGGGCAGAACGGCACCAGCUUCCAUGGCUGUAUUCGGCACCUGUACAUCAACAGUGAGCUGCAGGACUUCCGGAAAGUGCCCAUGCAAACCGGAAUUCUGCCUGGCUGUGAGCCAUGCCACAAGAAAGUGUGUGCCCACGGCACGUGCCAGCCCAGCAGCCAAUCAGGCUUCACCUGUGAAUGUGAGGAAGGGUGGAUGGGGCCUCUCUGUGACCAGCGAACCAAUGAUCCCUGCCUGGGAAACAAAUGCGUACAUGGCACCUGCUUGCCCAUCAAUGCCUUCUCCUACAGCUGUAAGUGCCUGGAGGGCCAUGGCGGUGUCCUUUGUGACGAAGAAGAAGACCUGUUUAACCCCUGCCAGAUGAUCAAGUGUAGCCACGGAAAGUGCAGGCUCUCUGGCCUCGGGCAGCCCUACUGUGAGUGCAACAGUGGAUACACCGGGGACAGCUGUGACAGAGAAAUUUCUUGUCGAGGGGAACGGAUAAGAGAUUAUUACCAGAAGCAGCAGGGUUAUGCUGCCUGUCAGACAACAAAGAAAGUAUCUCGAUUGGAAUGUAAAGGCGGGUGUACUGGUGGGCAGUGCUGUGGACCUCUGAGGAGCAAGAGGCGGAAAUACUCCUUUGAAUGCACAGAUGGAUCCUCGUUUGUGGACGAGGUUGAGAAGGUGGUGAAGUGCGGCUGCACGCGGUGUGCCUCCUAAUUGCCUUUCUGGCAGCCUCCAUCUUGGGCAAAGGUUGUACACUUCUUGACCAUGUUGGACUAAUUCAUGCUUCAUAAUGGAAAUAUUUGAAAUAUAUUGUAAAAUACAGAACAGACUUAUUUUUAUUAUGAUAAUAAAGACUUGUCUGCAUUUGGAAAAAAAAUAAUAAAAGACACGCUCUCGUACUAAAGCUUCCCCUACACUGGAGAAGUAUGAAGAAAAGACACACUUGGAGGCAUUAGUGCAGUGAUGGGGACCACUGCAACAUGGAGCCAUCUCUGGAACAUGCUAAUACUAGCAGAAGCACAUAUACAAGGGCCUAAAACGGGACUGUACACUCACAGGUGAUUGCCCAGAGCAGAAACCCCAUGCUCCCCCUUCCCAUUAGUGCAGUUCAUAAGAACACUUCAAGCACAAGCAUCUCAAUGAGACUCUGAGGCAGGGGAAUGGAAAUCCAGAAUCUGUAGAUAGAGCCAAGGGAGAGAAAUAUUUUGUGCAAGAUAGAGAGUGUCCUGACAUCUGGGUUUCAUUCAGGAAAGAAAUGGGUGUGGAGUGUUGAGAUGUAUUUUAUUGUCUUUGGCAAUGAUAGCAUAUCAGCAGAAACAGCACAUGAAGGUGUUUAUCUACCACUUUCCAGUAUUAAAUUUUUGUAAUAUAAAUGAUAAAGCAGAUGAUAAAGAACCAAUAGAUUAUUGAUAAAUAAAAAAUUAGUAAUAAUAUGAAUUUUUGUUUCUAUGAGUUCUAAAUAGCCCUAUACAGUAUUCGUUUUCAACGAGGAAUAUUUAUUGUAUUAAAGUACAUUGUACUUAAUGAUUUAGGUCAUCACUUUGGACUGUUUCUCGAUGCUUUAAUAUAUAUUAAUUUAUAAUUAUCCUGAUAUUUUUGUACAUUUUCAAACUUAAAAAAAAUCAGGAUUUUUUUGGCAAUAGAACUAACAUAGGAUGUUAUUUUGUUAUCUUGGGAUAGGUAUAUGUUGUUCUUUUGGCUGACCUUGACAUCUAACCACUGAUGUCACUGACCUGUGGUCUCUUUCUGGACACUUACAGAGAGGGUUUGCAAAGGCUGUGAGUAGAGACAGCAAGUGCACCCAUCUGCCACAUGUCCUCACAGGGAGAAGGAAAUUAUCUGUAGCAACAGACAAUAGGAAGUAGACGUUUUACAAAUUAAUUAAUAGAUAUUUCCCUGCCAUGCUUUGGGGGAGGGGGAAGAGGAAAAACUGUUAUGUCAAAAACUGUAAUUUUUCUCCAAAUAAUAAAGCUCCUUGAUUACCUUACUGCUCCCAUGUUAACAAGUUUGCUUCUAAAUUACAAUGUAGAGUUGAUAAUGAUUUAUAGUAGACUGUGCUCUUCUUUCAUGAAAAAUUCCAGGGUGCAUUUUGAAGAUGCAGAUGUUUCUUUAAAAGAAAAUCCCUUUUUAACAAUGAGAAUUAUGCUUUGUCCUUCUUUAGACUAAUAUCGGUUGCACUACUGAUGUUUGUAAAUUAAAAGAUAUCU